AUGUGGGAAAAUCAAUCUAUCAGUCCAGAGUCGGAAUCAGAAAUUGCUCCUGACGACGCCAGGUCUGGGCGAAGCUCAAAGAGAACCAAGACUCCGGCCGGCCUUAUUUCCUGCUCGGAACAUCGUGCGCCGAUCAUCGCAAUCCACCUACUAAUUCCUGUCUCUGUCUCCAGUGCCAGACAGCCAGGAACAAAAUGUCUCAGAAACAGUCGAGAUGGUGGCAGAACAGUCCCUCGUGACAAAGUUCCAUGGCGUUGUCGUGAUUUUCAUCUGGCCUCAUUGGAUAGGGCAAGUGGAGUCACCGUCUGGCUGAUUAUGGCCUCUUCACGGUCGUCUGCUUCCUCAUCUUUGGCAGAGGAAGAACCACAGUCAUGCCAUAAUCAGCAAAACGACAAGUUUGAGACCAGUCAAUCUCGGGUCCCGUUCCUGCCCUGUGCUCAGCAAGUUCCGAUUUUUGAACCCAACAACCUUCGCAAGCGCUUU